AUGGCCACUCAAGGUCUGAAACCAGCCCGAAUUCGCAUGGGUAUGGCGCGGCGAUUCGGGUUAUCCGAGGCGGAUAUGCCAACUCUGCGCCAAAUCGACCAGUUGGCGUAUGGACCCGACGUAUCCGACACGAAUCCUUUUUCUUUUGGGUGGGAACGUGACGGCCGCCGGAAACCGGAUGUCGGCAACGGCUCUGACGAAAAACCGUUCUUGGUGGGUUUAACUACGAAGCGCUUGCUGCAUAAUGCAGCCCGCGAUCCCGGAACAUUCGUGCUCCACAUGGAUGCCACCUUCAAGCUAAACCAAGUGGCGUAUCCUGUCAUCGUCUGUAGAGUGUCCGACAGAUGUCGGUCCUUCCACUUGGUUGCUCUGUUCAUCACUUUGCAACGAUUGGAGAGGCUGUACCUGCUGGUCAAGUACGUUAUGGCAGAUGCUGAAGCCGGGCAACAGAACGCCGUGAACCAAGUGUUCGGUGUGGAUUCCGACUACGUAUAUCUCAUGUGCUUCUAUCACGUGAUGGCCAAGGUUCAUGAAAAGCUCAAGGGAAUACCGGACAGCUUGUACAAGGUUGUGGUCGCGGAUAUCUACGACCUUCACUUUGCGUCUUCAAAGGAAGUGUAUGACGAACAAAUGCAGAUUGCACUGGAGACGUGGUCAAGCCAAGAGCAGUUGGCCGGGUUUCGGAGCUACUUCAACAACAUUUGGAUGAAGAGCGAGUUCUGGCGGUGGCAGUGUUUUCACACACUAAGUGGAUAUGCCACCACGAACAAUCCGGUGGAACAGUUCAACCGCUUGAUCAAACGUAAUUACACACUUCGUACCAAGCACAAGAUUGGUACCCUUCUCCAACUACUUGCGGACUGCUGUGGACAUCAAUCGGUUACGCCAAGAACGUUCAAGAUAAUGCCCGAUUCCUCGCAACAGCUGAAAGCUCGAGUUAAAGAUUUUCGUCAGCGUGACCUUCUCGUGGACAUGACUCCAAAGCGGACCAGCAUCGACUUCUUGCUUGUUUCCCCCAACCCAGACGUUGUUCGUGUGCUGUCACGUGGUUGUCACCGCGUGUAUCUGCCUGAGUUGGGCCGCAGUCGCGAAGUGGCACCUGUUUCAGCCCAGAUGGGAUCCAACUACGGGAGGAUGAAGCCAGAAGGUCAUCCUGAAGGUGGAUGGAACGUUGACGUAACGACGAUGUCUUGUGGGUGUAAGUACCAUUUCAAGUUUGCUGUAUGCAUUCAUGUCCUAUUUGCCCUACAGGUAAAGCCCUACACCGGCUUAGACGGUAAGCGGACUCUAGUCGACCGUUCAGCCUCAAGAAAGCGACGUCGAACGCGUACUGGUAGUGCACGAGUCCCAGCUGGUCGGCCACGGACUAAUGGUCACGCACUCACCACUGAUUGA